GGUCCGGCCCGGAAGACCGUUGAGUGUGCUUGUGCUGCCGUUCCAUCCCGGGCGCUGGAAUCGGGGUGUGGUUGGCCGGCUCCCUCGUGGCUCGUGGGUCUGCCGAGCGUCCCGCGGAGGUCCGAGUCCCUGACGAGCACAGCGGGGCCCGGGCCAGGAUGGACUUCCCCAGCUCCCUCCAACCCACGCUGUUCAUGACGGGCCCCCUUGGUCUGAGUAAUGUCCCUGACAUGUCCUUCAUGUGUAGCUGGAGAGACGCCCUGACCCUGCCAGAGUCCCUGCCCAAGAACUCUGAGAAUGGGGCGCCACACUUGUCCACAGGCCUGCUCUGGGAGCCAGAGACCCCCGGACCCCUACCUUUGCUGCCUCCUAGUCCUGAUCCCUGGGACCCUGGGGUGACUGCCCAGGACCUGCUUUUCCGGGGAGGUUUCACAUUCCGAAGGAAGCCGCAGGCCGUGCUGGACGUUACCGAACAGGUAAGUAACCCCACGGUGGGCAGUGCUGUGUGGCAGGGGCUGUGCACAGUGACCCGGCCUCCUUUCCCGCAGCUCAGCCGCUUCCUGUGGGACCAUGGGGACAUAGCUUUUGCACCCCUGGGGAAGCUGAUGCUGGAGAAUUUCAAACUGGAGGGAGCACAGAGCCGUUCUAAGAAGAAGACAGUGGUCAGUGUGAAGAGGCUACUCCAGGACCUCGGUGGACACCAGCCCUGGGGCUGCCCCUGGGCUUUCCUCAGCUUCCGACAGCGCCGGUUCUCCAUCCUCGGGGGCCCUGUCCUGGGCAAGUCCGUGGCCAACCUCCUGGGGGAGCUGCUGCAUGAGGAGCUGGCUAUGCGGUGGGAGCAGCUGCUCCUGGAUGAUGCAUUCACCGGGGGCGCUUUGGCCUGGGUGCCCGGGAGGACGGCCCAGGUUGGACAGCUGGUCUACCCUGCGGGAGGUGCUCUAGACAAGCUCCCCAGAGACCCAGGUUUCCAAGAGGUCAGUCUGACCCCAGGCGGUGACCCUCAGGCUCUCGGGGACCCUGGCCACAUCCAGCUCCGAGGACCUGUCCGGCAGGUGGUGACCUGCACUGUGCAAGGGGAAUCUCUGCUGGCUGUCCGCUCUGACUACCACUGUGCCCUGUGGAAGGUCAGUAAGCAGGGGCGACCCACCCCCCUCCAGGUGCUGCAGGUCGGGAAGGGGGCCACAGGGAUCAGCCUCAGCCCUCACCUGCCUGGGGAGUUGGCUGUCUGCAGCCGUUCCGGAACCGUCUGUCUGUGGACCCCCCAGGAUGGGCUGCAGCAAGUCUACAAGGACCCUGAGACCCUUGUGUUCUGCGACCCCUCUUCCUGGCGUUGGGCAGACUUCACCGCUCACCCCCGGGUGCUGACUGUGGGGGACCGCACUGGAGUGAAAAUGAUUGACGCCCAGGGCCCACCUGGCUGUGGUCUGCUGCUUUUUCGUGGGGGCGCAGAAGCUUCAUGCCAAAAGGGGGAACGUGUCCUGCUGACCCAGUACCUGGGGGAGUGUGGCCCCAAGUCUCUGCAUCCCACACUCCAUCUCAUCUGUACCCAGUUCUCGCUCUACCUGGUGGAUGAGCGCCUCCCCUUGGUGCCCAUGCUGAAGUGGAACCACGACCUCCCCUCUGCUCCCCUGUGGGCCCAGCUGCUGCCCCCGCCCCGCCCUGGCUGCCCGCAGCCACUGCUCCUGGGGGGCCAGGGCGGGCACCUGCAGCUGUUGCACCUCGCAGGAGAGGGGGCCUCUGCACCCCGGCUGGCAGGGCCUCCCCAGUCUCUCCCAUCCAGCAGUGACUCCCUCUCCGCUUUCCCCCUGCUGGAGCCCAAGAGUCAGUGGCGGCUGCAGGAGCGUCUGAAAGCGCCAACCAUAGGUCUGGUUGCCACCAUCCCAUCCUCAGCUUCCGAGCCAGUCCUGUCGCUCUUCCAGCUCUCCGCGGCUGGGGAUGUCUUUCACCAGCGCCUCCGCCUCCAGGCAGGCCCCGGGCCUAACUCCUGUGCCUCCACAGCUUCCUGGACUCCCCAGGCCACUGCCUGCUGCAGCCGGUGGCUGAAGGACCUGCUGAAGGUGCCCCCGGCUCCCCCCGUGUGGGCAGCACCCACCUUUUCCCACCGCCGUCUGCUAGGCCGCAUGGAACAGAGGGAGGUGGAGCCAAAAGGGCCGGAGGCUCUCCGAGCAGCCAUGGCCGAAGGGCGGCUGCUGCGGCAGAGGGACCUGGGUUCGCUCCCCUCUGCCGAACCGCCCCCCGCCCCCGAGCCAGGCCCUGAGGAUGAGCUCAGCACACGUUUGGAGGCAGCCUGGGAAGGCCAGAUGGCCGCCUGGUGGGAGAGGCAGCAGGGCAGGAGCUCGGGGCCUGGGAGACAGCCCAAGCGGCGCAAGCGCCGGACUCAGCUGUCCAGCACUUUCUCCUCGCUCAGUGGCCGCCUGGACCUCUCAGACGCCACCAGCCCCCCUCACAGCCCAGAUCGGGCGUCCCCUGAGGCCAGGCCUCAACCACCGGUGACCCCGCCCUCCCAGGAGUCAACUCAGGAGCUGUGGGCUCAGGGUGUCCCCUCGGAGCGGCAGCAGACUCUCCGGGACUACAUGGCCAGGCUACCGCUCCAAAAGGACACCCCCCGAGGUGUCUCCUUGCCCCUCUCCCAGACCUCCAGCAUCCGGGCCACGCCCUCCAGGCCCCAGACCCUCCCAGAUGGCACAGCGGAGCUGCCGCCACGAAGGAACACCCUGAGAGGCGCCGCCAUGUCCUCCUCCCAGACCUCCAGCAUCCGGGCCACCCCCUCCAGGCAGCAGGCACCUGUCCUCUCUGGCUCUCAGCCCCACCGGAAGAAGCCCCGCAUGGGCUUCUGAGGGCCCGGGAAGCUCGACCCCACCUCCGGAGAGCCCUUCAUCCUGGACCUGCUGUGCCUUCUGUGGUUGGAAGCUGGGAGGUGAAAAGAGAACAGCGUCCAGGGUGCAGGCCUUUCUGCUUCCGGAGCAAUGGGACAACAGAAGUUAUUUCUCUUUAUGCUGUUGCUAGAAGACCAUUCCAAAAGGCAUGUUGAGAAGGCCCUAGUGGUCCUGUCCUGAAGGUCAGUGUCAUUGGGAUUCCCUCCAGGAGACGGUGUGUGCUUAAGAGCAGGGGCUCGGGUCAGGCCAUGGGUUCCACUGCACGGGAGCCGGGCCUGCCGCGUCCCACACCCCGAUGCCGGGGUAAGGUAACGGCGCCAGCUCCUCGCCCGCUCGCUGGGAGUCCGCAGCUGCUGGUGCUGCUUAGUUUGUGUUUGUUAAGCAGUUUCUGCCGUCAUCUAAUGUUUUGUAGAGGGACACACUUUGGGCCCCGUUUAGGGAUUGAAUAAACUUGGCAGCUGAACGUGGUUUGGAGUGAUGGGGUUUCCCAGGCUGGCAGCGCCCCCUCCUGCAGCUCGUGGUGUGUAAUGCCUAAACUCGCCUCUGAAGCGUGUGGCUCUGGAAGAUUCUGCUCCCUUGUGGGGAAAAGAGCCCCUUAGAAUGUCACGGAACACCAGGAUUUGAUCUAGAUUUCUCAUCACACGUGAAAAGUGGUGCCUGGUGAAAGGAAUCACACAGGACUCAGCGGAUGUGAAAUAAUCCAAUAACACAUUGACUCACGUG